CUUUAUAAUUUAUUCGUAAAAGUUAUCAUUUAAUUACAAUCAGUGGUGUUUUAUAAAAAAUAAAUACAAUUAAGAUUAAAGGUAAUUUCCUGCGAGUGGGAUGUUAUAAGGAAUAUGUAACUCCAAGCGUCACAGUAACGUCCACAAUGACGAAGUGAGUAGUAAGAGAAAAUAGCAUUUUGGGACACGACAUCAAGACGGGAAAGCGAAAGGAGGAUAUGAUCUGGUGCGUGUUGUUUGUUACACUUGGUGUUGGUGUCGGGGUGUCUGGUUACAUAUGUCCCGACGAUCCACCCCCAAACUGCCCCUGUGACCCCUGCUCUCCCUGCCCAGAAAAUUUGAUGGAAACCCAACUAUGUUACAUAAUGGACACGCCGGGAUGUGGAAUGCGAGAAGCUCUGAUCAAACUUGCUGCAUAUUUCAAUUGCACGGUGGAUAACUCUUAUAAGACUCAAAUCGUGACACCGUCACAGCAUAGAUACAACAAGCAGUGGUUCCUCCAAUCAGAGGUGCAACAACGAGACAAAAUGUCGAUACUGCUUUUAGUGGGAGUAAUGAUACUCCCCGGUGUUUCUGGGUUGUACAACUGCCCCACGGAUCCUCCACCCAAUUGCCCCUGCAACCCUUGUGAACCCUGCCCUAGCAACCUCAUGGAGAUGCAGCUUUGUUAUCUCCUAGAUGAAGUGGGAUGUGGAAUGCAACCAGCUCUGGAUCUACUCAACUUUACAUGUGACCAACCAGGGAAAAUUUUUAACUUCAAUCAUAGAUUUCAUGAUAAAUGGUGUAGUGCUCAUACAAAUGUUUUAUUUGGUCCUCAUCCGGUGCUAUGUUACAACGCUUCUGAUGAUGCUACUUCUAACGAUGCCCAGGACAGCCUUGCUGCGCCAAGAAGGCAUCCGCCAACUGUAAGCAUUGGCGCGUGCCCUAAAGAUAAAUCAACAAAUGACAAUAGGAUAAACAUAAUUACUAAUUUCUACAAAAAUACAAAAAAAAUGAGUAAAGAAGACUUAAAGCAGCGGCGAAAAUCGCAGAGAAAAGCUAAUAAAAAAGAAAAGAAAGGCUAUAGUAAAGAAAAUGAUGGUAAAAGUAAUGAAAAUGGAGAUAAAAGUAAAGCUGAAAAAGGAGGUAAAUCUAAAGAAGAAACAAAGUCAAAAGGGAAAGGAUAAUCCAACUGCAAAACAUAACAAAAUAUUGGAACUCAGUAAUCGCAAAUAAGACUUAUAACAUACUACCGUCCGUGUCUCUUUAACAUUUGUGAUUUAUUACAAUGAUGCGGUUAGCAGUUCACAGAUGGAUAUUUCCUUUCAUAUAGUAUGGGCUCCAAUGAAAAAAGGAAAACUAUGCUCAUGUGUAAUAAUCAAUAUUAACAGUGAUAACCACCAGUCUCAUAAUAACAGUAAUCUCAUAUUAUCAAUGUAUCCAUGACAAUUAUGUAAAAUAGAUCAAUGUACAAAAUCUCAAAUGGACAUGCAAUUAUUUUUUAUCUCGUUUCAAUAUUCAUAUUGUGGUAUAUCAUUGUGUUUCUUGUAUAAUUCUCGAUCAAUCAGAUUGUAUCGUUGUAUUUAUGCGUAUCUUUGAAUAAAAGAUUACAUGUGCAAUCAGAAGUGAUCAUCAUUUUUGUACUCAAACGUUUGUUAACGACGCAUUACAUCUCUGGGAUAAUAGGGACGUUGCUGGGAUAAAACGAAUGGGGAGGGGUGCAUUUUAUAAGCAGAAACAGUCUAUUUCAAGAAGGGGGUGAAACAUGGGGUAUAUUUGUCUAUCCCCAUGCAUGCUGACACGGUGAGAUAUAUCCUAGGGCUAAUAUUCACGGGAUCAAAUGCGAACAAAAAAUCUUGAAUGUUGCUCU